AUGGAGGUUAAAGAACAUCCUACUAAGUCUAAGUCCUACUUAGACUGCAUUACUAAGCAUGGAUCUCCGUACACAAAGAGCCCAGAGUUUGUUACAUGUGUUCAAAAUCUCCCUGACCAGUGUUCCCCGAACCCCUGCACCGAGGGGACACAAGUCUGCCAAGACCUUAUGGGCAACUUCUAUUGCCAGUGCCGAGCCGGCUGGGGGGGGCGGCUCUGCGACAGAGAUGUCAACGAGUGUGGCCAGCAGAACGGGGGCUGCAACCACAUCUGUUUCAACAAGCCGGGCAGCUUCCACUGUGCCUGCUACAGCGGCUACGCGCUCUCCCAUGAUGGCAGGACCUGCCAAGACGUGGAUGAGUGUGCAAAUGGAGCUGCCUGCGGGGAGGCGCACUGCCAGAACCUGCCUGGCUCCUACUCCUGCCUCUGUGAUGAGGGCUACGCAUUCAGCUCCCAGGAGAAGGCCUGCCGAGAUGGAGAGUGUGCGGAGGGACGCUGUGAGCAGGCCUGCAUCAACUCCCCAGGGGGAUACAGCUGCCACUGUGAUGGAUGUGGAGGCCUCAAGCUGUCCCCAGACAUGAACACCUGUGAGGAUAUUUUGCCCUGCAUGCCUUUCAAUGUGGCCAAAAGCAUGAAGUCCUUGCACCUGGGUCGCAUGUUCAGCAGAACACCCGUGAUCAGACUGCGCUUCAAAAGGCUACAGCCCACCAGGCUGGUCACCGAAUUCGACUUCAGGACCUAUGACCCUGAAGGCGUCCUCUUCUUUGCUGGAGGCCAUCAGGACAGUACCUGGAUCGUGCUGGGCCUGCGGGCUGGCCUGCUGGAACUGCAGCUCCGCUACCAUGGUGUCGGCCGUGUCACCAGCAGUGGGCCUGUCAUCAACCACGGCACAUGGCAGAUGAUCUCCGUGGAAGAGCUGGAUCGGAAUCUGGUCAUCGAAGUGAACAAAGACGCUGUCAUGAAGAUCGCGGUGGCCGGGGAUCUGUUUCAGCUGGACAGAGGGUUGUACCACCUGAACCUUACCGUGGGAGGCAUUCCCUUCAAAGAGAAGGACUUGGUCCAGCCUAUAAACCCCCGCCUGGAUGGCUGUAUGAGGAGCUGGAACUGGCUGAAUGGUGAAGACACCACCAUCCAAGAGACUGUAAAAGCAAACCCCAAGAUGCAGUGCUUCUCUGUGACGGAGAAAGGGUCCUUCUACCCUGGGAGCGGGUUUGCCUUCUACAGCCUGGAUUACACUCGGACCUCGCUGGACGUCGGCACUGAAGCAACCUGGCAGAUAGAGGUCAUGGCUUGGAUCCGCCCCGCCACUGACACGGGAGUGCUGCUUGCGCUGGUGGCUGGUGACCACGUAGUGGCCCUCUCCGUGGCCCUGGUUGACUACCACUCCACCAAGAAACUCAAAAAGCAGCUGGUCAUCCUGGCUGUGGAGAGUGUCACCCUGGCCCUGAUGGAGAUGAAGGUGUGUGACGGCCAGGAGCACCAAGUGGCCGUGUCUGUGCGGAAGGAUGAGGCCACCCUGGAGGUCGACGGCACCAAGAGCCAGAGCGAAGUGAGUUCUGCGGGACUGCGGGAGAGCCUGGCCGUGCUUGGGAGACACCUGCAGGGCUCCGUGCUCACCUUCGUCAGGGGACUGCCAGAUGUGCCUGUGACCUCAGCGCCAGUCACGGCUUUCUACCGUGGCUGUAUGACGCUGGAGGUCAACCAGAAGGCGCUGGAACUGGACGAGGCCACCUACAAGCACAGUGACAUCAUGUCCCACUCCGGCCCCCUGGUCGAGCAGGAAGACGGGAGGCCUGUCUCCCCAACCCACCACAUGAGCAGCUCUGGACACCGCACUCCCACAGGCCGAGCUUCCUUCCAGACUGCUUUCUGCCUUGUAACAUACAUGUAUAUAGCUGAGGGUACUGCUGUUAGCCACCAAAGCCACAGCCCCGACCCCGGAUCACCCUCCAUGUGGAGGACUGGCACAUGCCAGAGCAGACCCAGGGAAUAG